AUGUAUUCUCACGGAUCUGAAAGUUUAAUCAAACAAGCCAGGGAAAUUCAGGACUCUGAGCUGCAGAAGUUUUACAGCAGACUGUUGAAAGUUAUCCAAGGGAAAGAUCUUGGACAUGAAGCUGUGGAUUCUCUGCAAAGACUACACCUCAUCCUGUCAGCCACGAAGUUCACCAGGAGAUUGCCUCCAGACCUCCACAAAAAGAUUUCCUCCCUCGUCUCCUCACCUGCAGAACAGUUUCAGAUCCUGGGCUCCGCUGUGCUUAGAGAAACACUGCCCCCAUCUGAUCAAGAUAUGACUUGCAUCCAAAAUAAUCCCAGCGUUGUGAACAGCCAUGGUGCUGGUCUGCUGCUUGUACAGGCCAGCUCCACAACUCCACUGUCAACUCUCUGCUCUCAACUUGUGCGCAGUCUGGACAGUCGACAUUCAGAAACGCAUUCUCAUUCACAGACGCACACUUUACCUAUCCUCAAUGCCAUUCUGACCCAUAGGCCUGAGUGUCUCUCUGAAGAGCAGGUGACCGUCCUGAGUAAAAGACUGGUGGAUUGGCUUCGCUAUGCCAGCAUCACUCAGGCAGCUUCACCGGGUGGAUUUUUCUCCGGGAGUCGAACAAGACAGCCUUGCCCUAUCGCAGAGCUGGAUGGAAGCAUUUCUGGGGAUUUCUUUACAGUGUUGUGUGUGGGCCAGGGCUUCACCGAGGACCAGUGGAUGAAUGUCUACGCCUUCUCUAUUCUACGGAACUGGCUCAUCACGUAUCACUCUGUUUCCAACUGUAAUACUGCAGAUCUGGCAGCUACAGCCAGGCUUCAGUACAGCCUCUCCUUAUCCUACUCUCACUCUCCCCCCAAUGACGAUCGCUCUGUGGAGGGGUCUGUUAUCUCCAUGGUUUCCGCCACAUCCUCGUCCAGUCGCCUCCUUCCUCCAAAAGAACGUUUGAGAGAGAAGUCUUUCCAGUACUGCCAACGCCUCAUCGAACAGAGCGACCGCAAGGCACAAAAACGAAUGGACAGCGAUUUGCAAAAAGCAUGUCUGGUGGAGGCCGUGUGCAUCCUGGACAUCCUGUGUUUGGAGGACUGCUCGCUGGUGUACCGCGUGUUCCCGUGUAUAAAGGCUCUCUACAGCCGCCUCAGCUCCGACACGUCCUACGCCAGAGUCCUGUUGCCCAUCGCACAGUUCUACCUCAACCACGGCGAGGUGGCGGCCGUCGACUGCGAGUGCGUGUGGCAACUGGUUUUCAGCCGCUUUCCUGCCGAACUAUUCAAUGACCCUUUCCUGGCACACGAGUUUCUCCGCUUUGUUCGCCAAAAUAUACAAAAUUUACCAACUAAAGUGCCACAGUACAUGCGAUCAUUCCCAAACUUGCUCAAGUUCUUGGCCUGGGAUAGUCCAGCGUUGGUGGAUGACUUUGUAGAUUUGUUGCCCUCUCUGGUCACUUCUGGAACUGCAGUAGAGCUGCUGCAUACUCUGCUGGACCUGCCCUGUCUCUCUGCCACACUGGUCUUACAACAAAGGUCUGUCCUUCUACCUAUAACUGAUCCCAACACUCGCAGUCUUCAGGCCCUGGACGCCUUUAGGAAUGCCAAUUUCCGAGGUCUUUUUCUGUUUCUUCUCCGAAACGAUGCAGGCGCAGGAGACACGAUUGAUCGGCUGGGCCUGCUUCAUGAGUUGCUGAACGAGUCUGUGGAUUGGCCUCGAGUCGUGCAGUGUGCGCAGACAGUUCCUGUGCUGUUGCAUAUAUUUUUCAAUACAGUGAUUAAGGUGGCUGAUGAGAAGCUGUUUGCCCAGUUGAUCCUGGUGCUGCUUGAAAGAAGCAGUCUCCUCCUUAAAGUUCCCAACUACAAGAAUGAGAUUCAUAGAGUGUUCAGCUACCACCUGCUGAAACUAUGUAAACUCCAUCCUUCACUCGUGGUCGACCAAUCACAUGAGCUGCUGGAAUUUGCUGGAACAACUUCCAAUGUCUACAACAAAGAGGAACUCUACACUCAUGUCGUGUGGGCGCUUGGGGAGUACCUGUCUCUGUCUUGUGACUCUCGUUGCUCUGUGCGGCACAUUACUUCUUGUUUUGAGGGGUUGGAAGCUGUGCUGUUUGAGAUCACUUCCUCUGCUCCACCUCCAGGGGGCGUGUGUCCUAAGCCGCGAGUGAUAACGACUCUGAUGAGUGCUCUUGCUAAACUGGCAUCACGCUCCCAUGACCUGAUCCCAAGGGUUUCUCUGUUCCUCUCUAAACUGCGGAAUGUCUCCAGAGGGGGCUCGGUGACCUGGUGCUCGGAUGAUGAUGAUCUGGUUUCCAUAGUAACUAGAGGAGAGGAGUUGUGGUCAUUGCUGAAAACGCCAGGUGUGGCCCAGAGCGUCCUGACUCCGCCCCCUCAUGUGACAAAGCCGCAGUGGCACAGAGACACUAAUGUAGCCACGCCGCUGCAGCUGCGCACCCUGACCCACCUCACUCAGCCUCUGUGA